UUUGUUUUAUAUAUUGGCGGUGUAAAACUUUAAUCGCAUUGGUUGCGACAACGCAACACAGUGCAGUAUAUUUUAGUAAAGUAUGGAUUACUUUAUCGGCGUAGAUGUGGGAACGGGUAGUGUGAGAGCCGCAUUAGUCGCGAAAAACGGGAAAGUGGCAAAAGCUGCGGUGGAAAAUCUAAAAACAUGGAAUCCUCAACCGGACUUCUACGAACAGUCUUCAGAUGAUGUGUGGAAUUGCUGUAAAAAGGUUAUCAAGGAAGUUGUAAAAGACAUACCAAUAAAUUAUGUAAAAGGUAUUGGAUUUGAUGCUACCUGUUCGUUAGUUGUUUUAAACAAGGACAUGAAGCCUCUCUCUGCGAGUUUAGAAGGCACUUCCGAGCAAAACAUAAUUUUGUGGAUGGAUCAUAGAGCAGUUAAAGAAGCUAAUUUUAUAAAUGAUUUAAAACAUCCCGUGCUUAGAUUUGUCGGAGGAAAAGUCUCUUUGGAAAUGGAAAUUCCAAAACUUUUAUGGUUGAAAACACAUCUUCGUCAGGAAUGUUGGGAUCAAGCGGGUGCAUUUUUUGAUUUGCCUGAUUUUUUAACUUGGAAAGCUACUGGCUCCAUCGUCCUGGUAUUAUAA